AUGGCGACCCUAACCGCCACUGAGGCACGCCUCUCCACAGACAAGACGGAAGUCGGAUCAGGAAUCGCCUCUCCGCCUGAAAAGAUAUCACCGGCGGAAGAUGCGGUUAUCGAUGAAAAGGACCAGCAAAGUGAUGACGAUGAUCCGAAUUACCCCCAUGGCGUCAAGCUCGUCUUGAUUAUCUCGGCGCUUUGUCUUGCUGUGUUUUUAGUUGCGCUGGAUCAGACUAUUAUUGCUCCUGCUUUGGGAGCCAUUACCGCCCAAUUUCAGAGCGUGAAGGAUAUUGGCUGGUAUGGAAGUGCUUAUCUGCUCACGACGACGGCCUUGCAGCCCAUGUAUGGUGCCGUGUACAAGUUGUUCAAUGUCAAGCUGGUGUAUCUAGGGGCCGUCUUCAUCUUUGAGGUAGGCAGUUUGUUGAGUGCUGUUGCGCCCAACUCGACGGCCUUUAUUGUGGGCAGAGCUAUUGCUGGUAUUGGAACCGCUGGUCUCUUCUCCGGUUCUAUUGUCAUCCUUUCUCUUUCCAUGCCUCUUCGCAAACGUCCCAUGGUAUUUGGCCUCAUAGGCGGAAUGUGGGGAAUCGCUUCUGUUGCUGGCCCUCUUCUCGGCGGCGCAUUCACAGAAAACGUCAGCUGGCGAUGGUGUUUCUACAUUAAUCUCCCCAUUGGUGGCCUAGCAAUGGCUAUUGUCGUCCUCUUUGUCAAGGUUAACCGCAAUACCUCAGAAACCGAGAACAUGACUUUUAUGGAGCGAAUCCGACAACUUGAUCUUUUGGGAACCUUCAUCUUUAUCCCCGCCAUUGUUUGUCUCCUGCUGGCGCUGCAGUGGGGAGGUGCGGAUUACCCCUGGAAUAAUUCCAAGAUUAUCGGUCUGUUUGUGGGUUUUGGCCUCAUGAUUGCCGUAUUUAUUGGCAUUCAGUUCUGGCAGGGCGACAGGGGAACGUUGCCGCCUCGGUUCUUCAAGAACAGGAAUACACUGUCCGCCAUGAUCUUUGCAUUCUUCUUUGGCGCCGGCUUCUUCCCGCUCGUUUACUACAUCUCCCUCUACUUCCAAGCCAUCCAAGGCGUGUCCGCCGUCCAAGCCGGUAUCAAAAUCCUGCCACUUCUCCUCGCCACGGUCCUCAUUUCCGUGGUAUCAGGCGGUCUCAUCUCUGCCAUCGGCUACUACAACUAUGUCAUCAUUCCCUGCAUGAUUCUCUUCACAGUCGGCUCCGGCAUGAUUACCACAUUCGACGUUGAUACCCCUCUGCGCGAAUGGUUCGGCUACCAGGUGAUUGCUGGUCUCGGUAUCGGUGCCGGUUUCCAAAUCGGUGUGCUCGUCGUGCAGACCGUUCUCCCCCAAGAAAUGGUCCCCGUGGGUACGGCCUGUGUACAGUUCUUCCAGGCCCUCGGUGGUGCCAUCUUUGAUGACAUUGGCAUCGACGGCAAGAUCUUUAUCAACAGCGGUGCCUCGCAGAUCAAGCAUGUUUUGGAGGGCAUGCACCGCCUCGAUGCCUACGAUGCAGUGUUGGCGGCUUACAUGAAGGGAUUGAGGCACACGUAUUACAUUUCAGUUGCGUGUGCAGCAUGUGCGUUUUUGGCAGUGCUAGGGCUGGAAUGGAGGUCUGUCAAGGACGGGCCUAAUGGGAAGAAGAAGGGGGCUGCUGCUCCUGCGCAUGUAUAA